GUGAGGCGGCAAACAGAAGACAGAAGACAGAAGACAGAAGACGGCGGCGGACUAGCGGUCCUCUUCUUCUCCAGCAGCCGGUGGCGGAAGUCUUCUAGCGGGCGUGGGAUCGCUGCUGACCGUCCGAGCAUCGAUGAGCAGAACCUCCGGAAUAUUCCCUUGCUGGAGAGGAGGCCGGCAGCCAGCAGCGUGAGGGCCGCAGAAAGGGAAGUAAAGGCGGGAACAUGGCGGUGGAAGAGGAAGGUCUGCGCGUCUUCCAGAGCGUGAAAAUUAAAAUAGGGGAAGCAAAGAACAUCCCUCCGUACCCGGGGCCAAACAGGAUGAGGGACUGCUACUGUACUGUCAACCUGGAUCAAGAAGAAGUCUUCAGGACUAAAAUCGUUGAGAAGUCACUCUGUCCGUUCUAUGGCGAGGACUUCUACUGUGAGAUCCCACGCAGCUUCAGACACCUCUCCUUCUACAUCUUCGACAGGGACGUCUUCAGGAGGGACUCCAGUAUCGGCAAGGUUGCGGUGAAGAAAGAGGACCUGCAGAAAUAUCACGGCAAAGACACCUGGUUCCAGCUCCAACCUGUCAGCGCUGACUCCGAGGUGCAGGGAAAAGUGCACUUGGAGCUCCGCUUAAGUGAAGUCAUCACAGACAGUGGAGUCAUCAACCACAAAUUAGCCACACGAGUGCUGGAGUGCCAAGGUCUUCCAAUUGUCAAUGGCCAAUGUGAUCCCUACGCUGCUGUCUCACUACUCGGUCCUUCCAGGUCAGAAGCAAAGAAGACCAAAGUGAAGAGGAAAACCAACAAUCCACAGUUCGACGAGAUUUUUUAUUUUGAGGUGACGCGGCCAUUAAGCUACACAAAGCGGCAGUUUGAUGUGGAAGAGGAAGACGUGGACAAACUGGCACUGCGAGUGGACCUGUGGAACGCUAGCAACCUGAAGUUUGGUGAUGAGUUCCUGGGAGGAGUGAGGGUCCCCCUCAGAGUCCUGGGUCAGGUCGGAGUCCACGACGCAUGGUACUUUCUCCAGCCCAGGGAGAAUGGAGGCAAGUCGGUCAAGGUGGAAGAGCUGGGGUCUUUGCGUCUCAACAUCGUUUACACAGAAGACCACGUCUUCCCGUCCGAGCACUACACCCCGCUCAGAGAUUUGCUGCUGCACUCUGCCAACGCACAGCCGGUGUCGGCGUCCACCGCCAACAUCCUGGGGGAGGUGUGUCGAGAGAAGCAAGAAGCCGCCAUUCCGCUUGUACGACUCUUCCUGCACUACGGCAAGAUCGUGCCUUUCAUCAGUGCCAUUGCUCAAUCUGAGGUCAACCGCACGCAGGACCCAAACACCAUUUUCCGGGGCAACUCGCUGACGUCCAAGUGCAUCGACGAGACCAUGAAGCUGGCAGGAAGGCACUACCUGCAGGUCACACUUAAACCCAUCAUAGACGAGAUCUGCGCGGAACACAAGUCGUGUGAAAUCGACCCGGUGAAGCUGAAGGAGUCGGAGAACCUGGACACAAAUCGAGAAAACCUCCGACACUACGUGGACCGCAUCUUCAACGUCAUCACCACCUCGGGCGUCAGCUGUCCCACGGUCAUGUGUGACAUCUUCUUCUCGCUGCGGGAGUCGGCCGCCACGCGUUUCCAAGUGGACCAAGAUGUGCGAUACACGGCAGUCAGCAGUUUCAUCUUCCUGCGUUUCUUUGCUCCGGCCAUCCUCUCACCCAACCUCUUUCAUUUACGGCCGCACCAUCCGGAUCCCGCCACGUCCAGAACCCUCACCCUCAUUUCCAAGACCAUCCAGACCCUGAGAAGUCUGGCUAAGUCCAAAUCCGCCAAUUUCAAAGAGUCCUACAUGGCUGCAUUUUACGACUACUUCAACGAGCAGAAGUAUGCGGACGCUGUGAAGAAUUUUCUGGACCUCAUCUCCACCUCGGGCAAGUGGGAUCAGAAGAGUAUUGAGACGCCAAUCAUGCUGAAAGAAGGGAGUGUGAGACUCACUAUAAAGAGGGUUGAUGGGAAGGGCAGAUUUAUGAUCAAGAGAGCACAAGGCAGGAACCGCUUUGGAAUGAAGAACUUCAAGAAGCGGUGGUUUCGCCUCACCAACCACGAGUUUACCUACCACAAAACUAAAGGAGAGGGCGCUCUGUGCAGCAUUCCCAUCGAGAACAUCCUGGCUGUGGAAAGGCUGGAGGAAGAGUCCUUCAAGAUGAAAAAUAUGUUCCAGGUGAUCCAGCCGGAGAGAGCGCUCUACAUCCAGGCCAACAACUGCGUGGAGGCGCGCGACUGGAUCGACAUCUUGACCAAAGUCAGCCAGUGCAACCGCAAGCGUCUCAGCACCUACCAUCCUUCUGCCUACCUCAACGGCCACUGGCUCUGCUGCAAGCUUUCUGCUGACACGGCGCCUGGCUGCACGCCCUGCACCGGCGGCCUGCCCGCCAACAUCCAGCUGGACGUAGACGGCGACCGAGAGACGGAGAGGAUCUACUCCCUCUUCAGCACCUACAUGACCAAACUCAUCAAGAUGCAAGAGGCCUGCGGCAGUAAGUCCGUGUACGACGGGCCCGAGCAAGAGGAGUACUCCAGCUUCCUCAUCGACGACCCGCAGGAGACCUACAAGACCCUGAAGAUGAUCGUGUCGGCCGUGCAGACUCUGGAGCAGCAGCACACCAAGUACAAGCGGGACAAGUUCAAGAAGACCAAGAUAGGCAGCCAAGAACAUCCCAUCGGAGACAAGAGUUUUCAGUGUUACAUCCGCCAGCAGUCGGAGAGUUCCACCUACUCCAUCUGACCUCCUUGCGGUGAGUCCUGGCCAAACGCCGUUUUUUAUUUAACGUUGGCCGGGCGCCCCGCCCCCUGUGUCAAGGAGGAACUGACUUCUGACAGGAAGAGGAAGUGCGGGGAGAAGGAACUUUUCUCACUGGUGGAUUCCCCCAGCGAGCGACGUGCACUUUAAUCGCCUCCGCACCAACGGACCAAUAAGUCACAGCACAUUUUCAAAAAGUGGAGUUUAUCGCUUUGAUUUGUACUUUGCUUAUGCUAGUUCUUUGUAUUCCAUGUACCACAGACCAACACCUCUGUAGUUUGGCCCCCAGCUAUACAAGAGCAGAGGGCGGGGGCCUCACAAGAAGGGAUGGUGGGGACCAAGUGCCAUGAGCGCUAAUUAGCCCCCUUUUGCCUCAAUGAUUAGCUUCAUUUCAAAUGUCACGGCAAACGUGUUCCUAACCCCUUCCUGCUCCAUCACCGAUAAGAAUAUUCCCUUGGAGACUCUGGCUGGUCAGGCCAGGUCUAGGAAGGCUCUCAAUCUGAGCACAAAUCACCAUCCACUAGGAUUUCAAAAUGGAUUUUUAAGUCGACACCCUGGAUUCUUUUGUGUCUCAAUGAUUACAAAACAGGUUACAAAGCUCUGAGAAAAUGAUUUUUAAAAAUCAAUUCUUAAGACUUUUGAACCGAUUCAGCAUCACAAUGAAAAGGACUUGUCAUUCAGAUAUAAAAACACAAAACGUACAGCACCCCCAGCAUUCAUUCUGGUUUCGAUGCCAGGCUCCAUUCAACCUUUUUGAUAAACAAGCAUGACAACAAAUCUUUAAAUGGUGGCAAAACACCUCAUUGGUGGAAGGAGACAAUAUUUGGGUGAUCGUUGUUGUAAGCAGACAAUAAGUUUUCUAAACCUGUGUUUAGAACAGUGGUUCUUAACCUUGUUGGAGGUACUGAACCCCACCAGUUUCAUAUGUGCAUCCACUCAACCCUUCUUUAGUGAAAAAUAAAAUGUUUUUCAAAUUCAAGACAAAGUUAUAUGAUCUUUUACUGGUGCAUGAACAUCACCUUGUUCAAAGAACAACACCAACACAGUGCCAGAACUCGUAACAAAUGACACACCCGCACAUCAGUUUGGCUUCUGCUGUUGCCGUAUUCCUAAUAUGCCGAUAGGGAGAAGUUUUAUGUACACGAUGAGUCGGGUGUGGCUUGAGUGGAGGCUCCACCCAACCCGAGGCCGACUCACCGAACCCUUAGGGUUCGAUUGAACCCUGGUUAAGAACCACUGGUUUAGAAAGUGUUUUCUAGUUGCACAUAACUGGCAUUUGUCACCCAGUGCCCUGACAUCUCUCUCCCCAAAUAUUGUCUCAUUCCCUCGCUAUGAGUGUCGUCAUCAAACAAGAAGAGGCCAGUUGCUUUGAUUCUAACUUUCUGGUAGACAAGCAUGACAACAGAUCUUUAGGUGCUAGCAAAACAAGUCGUUAGUGGCCACUCUUCCCACGGAAUGAGAGUCUUUGACAGAUGUCAGGAUGUUGUUGUUGUAAGCACACCAUAAGUGAUGGUGCAAACUUGUUUAGAAAGUAUUUCUCUAGUUUAACACAGAUGACUUCUUUCACUCCAUGUCCUGACAUCUCUUCCCCAAAGAUUGUCUCAUUCCAAAGAAACAAACAAGAAGAUUCCAGUUGUCUCGAUUCAAACUUUGUGGAUUAGCAAACAUUGCAAUAGGUCGCUUGUGUGGGUGGUGGCAAAACAACCCCUUGGUGGCCUUUCUACCCACGGAAUGAGACAAUCUUUGGGGGGAAAAAUAACAGAAUGUUGUAACUUGUUUAGAAAGUACCUUUCUACUGUGACUAAGAUUUGUUUCAUUCAAUGUCCCCCAAAUAUUGUCCCGUUUCAUGGGAACAAACAAGAAGAAUCCAGUUGUCUCGAGUCUGGAUUGUGGAUUAGCAAGCGUGGCAAAACAACUCCUUACUAGCCAUUCUUCCCACGGAAUGAGACAAUCUUUUGGGGACAGAUAUCAGGAUAAUGUUGGAAAUUGGUGAUGGUGCAAACUUGUUUCAAGAAUAAGUCUCUAGUUUAACACAGAUGACUUCUUUCACUCAUUGUCCCGACAUCUGUCCCCCCAUAGAUUGUCUCAUUCCAAGGAAACAAACAAGAAUAUUCCAGCUGUCUCCAUUCAACCAUUGUGGAUUAGCAAGUGUGGUGACAGGUUGGUUGUUUGCCUGGGUGGUGCAAAACAACUCCUUAGUGGCCAUUCGUCCCAUGGAAUGAGACAAUCUUUGGGGGGCAGGUAUCAGGAAAUUGUUGUAAAUUAGUGAUGGUGCAAACUUAUUUCCUUCGGUGACAACAAUUAUUUAUUUUACUCAAUGUCCCCCAAAGACUGUCUCCUUCCAUGGGAACAAACACAAGUCCAGUCGCCUCCAUUGAACUUUUGCUGGUCAACAAUCAUAAAUGUGUCACAUAAAUGGCAAAUUGCUUAUAAAAACAUUCCAUUCCUCCAUGUUAGUCUGAAGAUAACUUUCAAAUUGUGCACAAUCUUGUUUUGAAGACUGGAAUCGAACCACGUCUCCACUCGUUAUUUCUUUUUCGCCUCCCUCAUCCACCUUUUCCACUCAUUCCAAUAUCGUCCUAAAUCGUCAUGUACGGUGACGUCGCCGAGUGUUGCCACGGCAACAGCGGCCCGUUCUAUUUCAAAAAGUCCCCCGACAGGCUGCUGACGGUCUUACACCUCAGAGUCCACUCAGGGUUCUGGGUUUGAAUCCAACACUUUCCCCAUUUGCUGCUUCCUGUGGUCAUCAUUGCCAAAACGCUGGCUUCUGAGCACCGCCCACAUCUUUCGUAGCUCCGGGUGGAAAAUUGUGCCAGUCAGUACUUUUUAUACAGUCCUCCUUUUGACACAAACUGAAGAAAAACACCACCUAUUAGAUGUGUUUUUUUAAUAUAUAUAUAAAUAUAAAUAUCAUAACCUGUGAUGUUUUCAAACCUUCAAUCAUGUUUAUGUUAGCUGUGUUGUGGGAGCUUGAAUCUUUGUCAUGCGACGACUGAAGUGUGUUUUUAAAGUGGUGUGUGUGUGUGUGUGUGUGUGUGUUAGGAGUGUGGGGUGACGAUUUCAUUCUCAAUUCAAAACGAUUUUCUCAAUGUACUAUCUGGUAUAAUAAUUAAAAUCAAAAUUUUUCAGGCAAAGGGUUAGAAAAAGCUCCUUCUGUUUGCAAAAAGAUGGCCUAAAACAAGUUUUUUAUUUGUACUUUUUCAAUCAAUUUUAGAAAAUGAUGAGUCGAUUUGGAACCAGGAUGAAUUUGUGUGUCAUGCCAACUGCAAGAAGUCAGUGUUAGAUGUGAGAUGAAGGCACAAAAUAUAUUUGACAACAACAACAUGACUGGCUGUUGUGCAACCAUCUUCUACAUGUUGCACCACAUGUUUGUGUCACCAAGCAUCAUUUAUUCUUACUCAGCACACACGAUGUUUGUAUUAUUUACCUUCCCGUCACGCAUAAGGACUCCAAUCCUCCCAGAAGUGUUGAUUUAUGCAAUAAUGUUUUUUUUCUCAACAUGCAAUAAGAUUGACUUUGUGAAAGGAGAAAGUUUGUCAUUUUUACCAAACACUUAAAAGGGAGAAGAGUGUUUUGUAUUCCAAUAAGCAUAUUAAAUGUGUGUAUGAAUGUUGAAAUGUGAUGUUUUAUCCUUAAUAAUGAAAUGGAGCUCUUCAUGCA